AUGAUCAAGGCAAUUGUCUGCUUCUCUGUACUGAUGGUCGUGUGUUCGGCCCAAAGACCGUAUGGCUUAGGUCUGGUACCACAGGCGGGACUCCUGGUCGACGACAAGCCCGAGCCCUAUCAGUUUGGUUACAACGCGGCCGACGAGUACGGAACCCAAUGGAAUCGCCAGGAGGUGGCCGACGGCAGCGGUGCUGUUCGCGGCUCUUACGGCUAUAGAGAUGCUUCUGGUAUAUACAGGACUGUGGAGUACGUCGCCGACGACGUCAAUGGUUUCCGCGCUAACGUCAAGAGCAAUGAGCCCGGACUCAUCAGCAGCGCACCCGCCGGUGUCACCUAUACUGUUGGCAACAGAAAAUAA